AAAUUAUUGGCCAACUUUUUGUGGCAUCGGCAGCACGCCAGUCGUCGCAUUGGUUCGAGGAGGACUGCAGAGAUCGUCGAGCAGCAUCGACAGCGUCGCAGUUGAGCAAGCACGCGGGCUCAACGCCCUUCAGCAGAGCUGCAGCAGAGCUGCGACACGUGACGCUGCCGACGCGAUGGGCAGCGACGACGGCGCGAAGGGCCGCGAGGGCAAGGGCGCCGCCUCGCUCGGCACGCUGCUCUUCCUCGUGUGCUUCGUCGCGCCGAUGCUGCUCGUCGAGCAGUACCUCGUGAGGCGGCGGGGGCUGACGCUCGCGAAGCUCAAGGGCGAGGUGCAGGCCGUGCGCGCGCACCCGGGCCAGGCUAUUGGGGAUGCGGUCCGCAUCGUCGAGGGCGAGGCGCGCGACGCGAUCGAGCGCGGGCGGAACUUGGAGCGGCACAUCGAGGCGAUGCUGCACCGCCAGCGGCCGCCCGAGGCCCCCCCGGUCGUGGCGACGCCGGUCGUCCCACAAAAGGUGAAGAAGCCCCUGCGCGACAUGCUGCUGGACCUCGCCUUGCUCGCGCCGCGCGACGCUUUAGCAGUUUUAGAUAAGGACCCGCUCGGCGUCGAGCGCGUGACGAACGCUUCCGAGUGGCGCUGCCCCGCCGAGCGCCUCCUCUCGUCGAGUAACGCCCCGAGCCGCGAAGCGCUCAGGCGCAUGCGCGAGAAUCGGGACGGCGCGUUCCUCUGGUUCGACCACCUCUCCAAGGCGGGCGGCACGUCCUUCUGCAAGUUCGCGCGCAAGAACGUGGGCUUCAAGAGCACGCCGCGCUACUACUGCAUGCCGUCCGACGGCGCGGACAUCCCGGGCACCGACGGGCGGGUGGGGCGGUGGCCCGCUUCACAAUUACGGGAGUAUUUGCAAAGGACGCGGCACCGCGUCGUGGCGAGCGAGUGGGACCCCUUCCCGGCGCAGAUGCUGGAGUCCUUUAGAGAUGACGCGGUCCUCGCGUCGAUCAUCCGGGACCCCUUGGAUCGGUUGGUCUCGGCGCACAAGUUCUGGGGCGUCUUGAAUAAUCCAUCCAAAAACGCGCCGGAUCCCGUGAAGUGGUUGAGGAACAUGGACAAGCGGGCCCGCUCCAGAACGAUGGCGCAGGCGCCUCGGGACUACCUCCAGCAGGUCGCGCGGAACAAUUUUGCGGUAUGGAAGUUCGCGUUUUCUACCGACGGCCGCUUCCACGACUGCAAGGGCGACGCGGCCUGCGGCCGGGCCGCCCUGCAGGCCGCCGUGGCCACUCUCUCGAAGUUCCACGUCCUCGCGCCGACGACGUGGCAGGCCCACGCGGGGCCGCUCUACGCGCGCCUCGGCUGGUCGAAGCUCGAGGAGGAGCACGUCGUCAACAUCGGCACGGUCCAGGACUCGUCGUCGCGGAGGGCGCUGCCCGACGCGGACUACGCCGCGCUCCGCGAGGCGAACGUCCUCGACGAGAUCCUCUGGCACUGGGCCCGGCGCGCGUUCCUGGAGAGCCUGCACUGCGCGCCGUGAGUAACUUUAGAGGCCUAG